AUGGUCCGGCCUCUCAGCUUAGCAUCGCCAAUUCUUUUUUUAGCAGCUUUCUUGGCCCAACAUGAGAGCCUCAAGAACGGAUACUAUGACUACAUUGUCGUUGGCGGUGGCCCUGCUGGUAUCAUCGCCGCCGAGAAGUUCAUCGAGGCAGGUAACAAGGUCCUUCUUCUCGAACGAGGCGUCGGCCCUACCGUCGCAACCGGAGCCAACGAGACCCUCAUGUGGAACAAGCACUUGACACCUAUCGACCUACCCGGUCUCUCUGCCGACGUUGGUAACCUCGACCUCUGGAAUGAAUAUCUGUGUAGUGACACCGUUGGCUACGCUGCGUGCGUCCUCGGUGGAGGGGUGACCGUCAACUACAUGGUCUUCGUGCACCCUCCUGCUCACGACUUUGAUGACAACAACAACUGGCCCGUGGGAUGGAAGUGGAGGGACCUCAAGCCUGCGGCUGAUCGUCUGUACAAGCGCAACCCUGGUACCAUCUUGCCCUCUGCCGAUGGAAAGCGGUACGACCAGAAUCUGUACAAUGUGCUUUCCAACUUCUUCAACAGGCUUGGCUGGAAAUCCGUGGACAUGAUUACCCAGCCCGAUGAGAAACACCAGGUCUACAGCUACCCAGCCUGGAAUAUUAAGGAUCAGAAGCGUGGCGGUCCCGUCCGCACUUAUUUGCCCGAGGCAAAGAAGAGCAAGAACUUCGACCUGAACCUUGGUGCGAAUGUUAUCCGAGUCGUGCGUUCCGGCAGCCAAGUCACAGGUGUCGAGGUGCAGCUUGCCUCUGGCAAGACUGAGAUCGUCUCUCUGGCCGAUAAAGGCCGUGUCGUUCUCGCCGCUGGCGCUUUGUCCAGUCCCCGUAUUCUCUUCAACUCCGGCAUUGGCCCAAAGAAGCAGAUCGAGACCGCUAAGAAGAGCGGUGUCACUGUUCCCGCUGAGAAGGAGUGGCUUGAGCUUCCCGUUGGUGUCGGCCUCCGUGAUCAUCCCAUCUUCUCUAUCUACGUGGAAACCGGCGGCGACUACGGCGUCCCCGACUACGACGCCAUCAUUGAUGGCAGCGAUACCACCGACAUCAACCUCUACAAGAACGGCACCGGUCUCUUGACCCAGGGCAAGCACCGGCUCUUGUGCCCGAACGCAGGUUCCGUUCUCGAUAUCACCACCUACUUGACUCACGGGUCUACCUCUCAAGGUGUUCUGGGCCUGGAUGUCAAUCAAAACACCGUUUUUGAGAGAUCCCCCUACAUGCAGACUGCCGACGGACGCCGGGCGGCUCGUUCCUUCAUUCAGCAGCUAGUCAACAAUAUCCAGGGCCCCGCGACUGGCUUUAAAUUGAAGACCAACCUGAACACUACUGCUAUACUCGCUUCCCAAUCCCCUGGAAUGCACUACACUGGUACUGCUAAGAUGGGUACCGAUAAUGGUCUUAAGAACGGCACUUCCGUUGUGGAUGUCAACACUAAGGUUUACGGAAUGGAUAACUUGUACGUGAUCGAUGGCAGUAUCCACCCUGACCUGCCUACUGGUAACAUCCAGGCCACCAUUACGAUCAUUGCUGAGGCUGCUGCUGCGCGUAUCUUGGCUCAAGAUUAG